AUGAAGUGGGGAUGUGUGUGGUUGUGUUUCCUUGCUUUGUCGAUUACCAGCAUUACAGAUGUCCAAGCCAGACAGGUUCGUAACCAUGUCAGCAGCAUCUGCAGCACAUGGGGCAGAGAGCACUUCAAGACGUUUGAUGGUGACGUUUACCAGUUUCCUGGUAUGUGUGAAUACAACCUGGCCUCCGAUUGCCAUGGGACUUACCAGGAGUUCUCGGUGCACAUAAAGAGAAAAGAGAAAGAUGGAAACCCUACAGUCAGUUAUGUGGUGGUCACCAUCAAUGACCUUUCAUUCCACCUCACCAAGAAUCUGGUUAUGAUGAAUGACCGUAUUGUCAAAAUGCCAUACUACAAUGGUGGAGUCCAAGUGGAAAACAAUGCUGUUUACAUCAAGCUCCAGUCUAAAGUUGGCAUUACUGUCAUGUGGAAUGGUGAUGAUGCAGUCAUGGUAGAGCUGGAUCAUGAUUAUGCUAAUCGUACUUGUGGACUUUGUGGAGACUUCAAUGGUGUUUCUGUCAACAAUGAGUUCAUUCGCAAUGGCCGCAAAAUUAGCCCCAUUGAGUUUGGCAACAAACAGAAAGUCCAUCUUCCAAACGAUGAUUGUGAGGACCCCUAUGAAGAGGAAGAUGAACCACUAGAGAAUGUGACUGUGUCAGAUUCUUGCAAGAAGUUUCAAACCACCUGUAACGAGAUGCUGUAUUCAGAGUCCUGGAGCUCCUGCACCAAACUGAUUGACCCUGCACCUUACAUCCAGGCCUGUGUGCAGGACAUGUGUGGCUGCAUCAACAGUACAAAUGACUUCUGUGUCUGCAGCACACUGUCUGAGUUCUCUCGACAGUGUUCCCAUGCUGGAGGAGAGCCUCCCAACUGGAGGACACCUCAGUUCUGUGCUAAACAGUGCCCAUUCAACAUGGUUUAUGAAGAGAGUGGUUCUCCUUGCAUGAACACUUGCACACACUCGGACACAAGUUCACUGUGUGAGGACCACAAAAUGGACGGCUGCUUCUGUCCUAAUGGAACUGUGUUGGAUGAUAUUUCCAUGAGAGGAUGCAUCGCUCAAUCUGAAUGUCAGUGCAAGCACAACAAAAUCUACAACUCUGGUGAGGUCUACCAACGAGGCAGUGAGGAAUGUACAUGUUUUCAUGGUAAAUGGAGUUGUGAGAGCCUCCCAACACCUGCAACAUGUGCUGUUGAAGAGGGUUCACAUGUAACUACGUUUGAUGGGAAAACUUUCACCUUCCACGGAGAUUGUUAUUACACCUUAGCCAAGGUGGAAAGCAAGGAUGACGAUAGUCCAAAGUUCAACAUCCUGGUCCAGUUGGAGCCAUGUGUAAACCAAGAGUUUGACACUUGUCUGAAGUCCCUUAAAAUCCUGCUGAACAAUGACAGAAAUAAUGUAUUGAUUUUCACUUCUGAUGGGACAGUAAAGCAGAAUAUGCAGACUGUCAGUUUGCCGUACAAUUCAGGUGACAUCAACAUAUUCCGCGCUUCAUCCUUUCACAUUUUGCUCCAGACCAAUUUUGGGUUGCAAAUUCAAAUCCAACAUGUGCCUGUCAUGCAAGUGUAUGUCAGCCUGGAACAGAGCUACAAAUCAAAGACACGUGGUUUAUGUGGUAACUACAACAUGAUCCUGUCUGAUGACAUGAAGACUCCUCAGGAGAUUGUGGAGGGAACAGCAAUCACUUUUAGUAACUCCUGGAAGGCUAACUCCGUGUGCGAAGACAGAGAAGAAAGACUUGAUGACCCCUGCUCCCUCAGUGUGGAAAAUGAGGAGUACGCCAAACAAUGGUGCACUUUGCUAAUAAGUGCAAAUGAUACCUUCGCACAGUGUCAUUCAGUGGUGGAUCCUGAGAUGUACUACAAGCGGUGUACUUAUGCAACCUGUAACUGUGAGAAGAGUGAGGCCUGUCUGUGUGCCGUCUUCUCCUCCUACGCACGAGCUUGUGCAUCUAACGGAGUGUUCUUGACAAAUUGGAGAGACAAUGUGUGCGAUAAAUACACAAAGAGCUGCCCAGCAUCCCAGACCUUCUCUUACAAGCAUCAGAGAUGCCAGUUGACGUGUAGAUCACUGGGCUCAAAGCAGGAGAGCUGCACUUCUGACUUCUUGCCUGUGGAUGGCUGCUCCUGCACUGAGGGUCUCUACCUAAAUGAUAAGGGCAUCUGUGUCCCCAUGGAAAAAUGUCAAUGCUACCACGAUGGCGCCUACAUCAAGCCAGGAAAGUCUAUAAACAUGAAAGACGAGCACUGUGUGUGCACUAAUGGAGUGCUUCACUGCCAUUCUUGGAAAGCCCGCUCAUCAAAGUGUCACUCCCCAAAAGUAUUCUUCAACUGCUCCAUUGCUGGCACAGGACAGCAUUGCCCUCGAACUUGUUCAAAUUUGGACAACGAUGAUUGUGACUCCACAGAGUGUAAAUCAGGCUGUCGCUGUCCAUUUGGCCUUGUUGAUGAUGGCAAAGGUUCCUGUGUGAAAGAACAUGAAUGUCCAUGUCAGCAUGAUGGGCAUCUCUAUAUGCGUGGAACACAAAUUUCUAACAAGUGCAACACUUGUACCUGCAAAAGUGGAAAAUGGGAGUGCACAAAGAAAGAAUGCCCAGGAACCUGCAUUAUUUAUGGAAGUGGUCAUUACACUACAUUUGAUCAGCGAACAUAUGGGUUUCAAGGACAGUGUUCCUAUGUUGCUGUCAAGAAUAAAUGUGGCAAUAAAACAGUACAGGACAACUUCGGAGUUAUCACAGAAAAUGUACCAUGUGGCACCACAGGCACCACAUGCUCCAAAACUGUCCGAAUCCAACUUGGGAGAAUGGAAGUCAAACUGUCAAAGGGUAAAUAUGAAGAGGUGGACCAGGAACAUGGCAGUAAGAUUCAGUACAAAAUAAGGAGGGUUGGCUUGUAUCUGGUGAUAGAAUCAUCUGCCAUUGGUCUGACAGUGUUAUGGGAUACCAAAACAACUGUUCGCGUCAUCUUGGAACCACAGCACAUUGGAGAGGUAUGUGGCCUGUGUGGAAAUUUUGAUGGUGAUGGACAGAAUGACUUCACCACCCAGGGUCAGCUGAAAGUGAGCAAUCUGUUAGAAUUUGCUAACAGCUGGAAAGUGUCCAGCAGUUGUCCAGAUGCAGAAAUUAAUGUGGAUCCUUGUGGAGCAAAACCCAACAGACAUCACUGGGCAAAAAUGAUGUGCAACAUUAUAAAUGGUGAUACUUUCAAAGACUGCCACAAUAAGGUAGAACCUCGUCCAUUUUAUGAAAACUGUGUGAAAGACUCAUGUGCCUGUGACACUGGAGGAGACUGUGAAUGUUUCUGCUCAGCAGUUGCAGCUUAUGCACAAGCUUGUAAUGAGGCUGGUGUCUGUGUUGCAUGGAGAACUCCAGAAAUCUGUCCUGUCUUUUGUGAUUACUACAAUGAACCGGGUGAAUGCAAGUGGCACUACUAUCCUUGUCAUACUCCUUGUUAUAAGACCUGUUUGAAUCCACAAGGAAUUUGCAGCAACUCUAUACCCAACCUAGAAGGCUGCUACCCUGUGUGUCCAGAGGAUAAGCCAAUAUUUGAUGAGGAGAAGCAGAUAUGUGUGGAGGAAUGUGAUGGUUGCUUUUACAACGGGAAAAGAUAUGAGGAAGAUGAAGUUAUUUACAAUGUCAGUGACAACUUGGGAAUGUGCUACUAUGCCAUCUGCAUUAAUAAAACAGUAAUAUUUCAAAAUGAAAGCUGCUCUACUACCACUGUCACACCAACCACACAAUCUACAACCCCAUCCACUGGACUUCCUACUACAACUGAAGGGCCAACCACAACAACAAAAUCUACAACCCCAUCCACUAGACUUCCUACUACAACUGAAGGGCCAACCUCAACCACAACAUCUACUACCCCAUCUACCAUACCAACUACUACAACUGAGGGGCCAACCUCAACCACAAAAUCUACAACCCCAUCCACCAUACCAACUACUACAACUGAAGGGCCAACCACAACCACAAAAUCUACUACCCCAUCCACUGGACUUCCUACUACAACUGAAGGGCCAACCUCAACCACAAAUACUCCAUGUAUUAAUACGUGUGAGUGGUCAGAAUGGUAUGAUGUACAUAAUCCACAAAAUGAUGGUAGUGACUGGGAAACAUAUGAAAACAUCACAAAUAGUGGUAAAGAAAUAUGUGAAAAACGAAACGAAAUUGAUUGUAGAGCGACACAAAAUCCUGACAUGGAUUUUAAUGACUUUGUGAGUGAAAGUGAACAAGUUGCUUCAUGUGAUCUGGAAUAUGGCUUAAUAUGCAAAAAAGAGGAUCAGACAAAUCGUCCAUUUAAGUGUUUCAAUUAUAAGAUCAGAGUUUGUUGUGAGGUAGAGACAUGUCAACCCACCACACCUAUAACUACACCUAUUGUCACCACAACCACACAAUCUACAACCCCAUCCACUGGACUUCCUACUACAACUGAAGGGCCAACCACAACCACAAACACAAAAUCUACAACCCCAACCACUGGACCUCCGACUACAACUGAAGGGCCAACCACAACCACAAAAUCUACAACCCAAUCCACUGGACCAACUACUACAACUGAAGGGCCAACCACAACAACAAAAUUUACAUCCCCAUCCACUGGACCGUCGACUACAACUGAAAGGCCAACCACAACCACACAAUCUACAAUCCCAUCCACUGGACCUCCUACAACAACUAAAGGGCCAACCUCAACCACAAAAUCUACAACCCCAACAAAGCAAAACGAGACUUUCUUAUUGUGCAACUGCACCAUGGCAAGAUGCAUUGAGAACAAUACAGUUGAAAUUGUUCCAUAUGAAUGUCCACCCCUUGAGGAGAUUACUUGUAGCAAUGGAAAGAAACCUGUUCGUCUGUAUGAUGAGUAUCACUGCUGUGAAUAUUACGCAUGUGACUGUGAAUGUGAAGGCUGGGGAGAUCCUCAUUAUAUCACAUUUGAUGGAUUGUACUACAGUUAUCAAGGAAACUGUACAUAUGUCUUGAUGGAAGAGAUGUUUCCAAAACAUGAUUUGAGGAUAUAUAUUGAUAAUGUCUUCUGUGACCCCACUGAAGAUGUGUCUUGUCCACGAUCUAUAAUCAUACAAUAUAGAGAGCACAUUUUCACACUGAAGAAUAAUAACCUUAUUGGACCAGCGCAAUUGGAGGCACUAAAAGAUGGAGUAAGUCUGAAACUACCUCAUUUGCAACAAGGUGUGAAAAUCUUGAAUUCUGGCAUUACCUUGGUUUUGGAGAUCCCUCUCCUAAAAGUGGUCAUUACAUUUGGAAUAACUGGCUUCAGUGUGACCCUCCCCUAUCAAUACUUUGGCAACAACACACAGGGCCAUUGUGGAACAUGCAACAACAACCAGGCUGAUGACUGCAAGUUACCUGGAGGCCAGCUGGUGCAAAAUUGUGCUGUGAUGGCUGACUAUUGGCCUGUACCAGACAUUUACCAACCCAACUGUCAGAUACCACCUGAUGUCCCCCAAAUCAUACCCGUACCCCCAGAAAUCGAAACUCCAUGCAAGAACGACUCUAUUUGUGACCUGCUUAAGAUUGGUGUCUUUGAAGAGUGUCAUGACUUUGUUGAUCCUGACAAAUUCUACCGAGGUUGUGUUUUUGAUAGUUGCCAUGUUUCCAACCCAGCAAUGGAAUGCAUAAGUUUGCAGACUUAUGCUGCGGCUUGUGCACAGGCUGGAGUUUGCCUGCACUGGAGGAACCACACCACACAUUGUUCUAUUGACUGCCCGUCAGACAAAGUUUACAAGCCAUGUGGUCUUGCAGAACAGCCAACUUGUGCAGACAAUCCUACUGACCAACCCAUGAACUUCAAAACUGAGGGUUGCUUUUGUCCUGAUGGAAUGAAGCUCUUCAACAAGGAGUCCGGCAUAUGCGUUGAUAAGUGUGGAUGCCUUGAUCCUGCGAACAUUCCUCGUGAGAUUAAUGAAAGAUUUGAGUACAAAUGCCAAAACUGCAAAUGUGAGGAGUCCACCAAGACUGUGACUUGCACGCCUAAGGUGUGCCCAGCACCAAGUAUAACAAGCUGCACUGGUCCAGGAUUCAUCCUUGUCAACCAAACUAAUCCAUCAGAUCCCUGCUGUACUACUUAUGUCUGCCAAUGUCACAGCAAUACUUGCCCAAUGAACAUCAACAAAUGUCCAGUUGGAUAUCAGCCAACUGUCAGUGUUCCAGAGGGAAAAUGCUGUCCAGAAUAUUCAUGUGAGCCUAAAAGAGUUUGUGUUCACAAAAACGUUGAAUACCAGCUUGGUGUUUCAGUUCCUGGGAAUGAAUGUCAGAAUUGUACCUGUAACAAUGAGUUGGACCCCAAAUCUGGUCUAUUCAAAGUCAAUUGUGACUUUCUACAAUGUGACAAACGUUGUGACGAGGGUUACGAAUAUGUGGAAACGGAUUCAGAAUGCUGUGGGAGGUGUGUACAGGCACACUGUAUCUUUAAUGUUAAUAGUACCAAACAGGUCUUGAAGCAAGGAGAAACCUGGUCACCACCUGAAAAUAAGUGUGAGCAUUACACCUGUGUUAAAAGUGGUGAGACUUUAACCACCAUCAGUUCACACAUUGUUUGUCCGCUAUUCGAAGAGAGCAACUGCCAACCUGACACAAUUCAAACUGCAGCAAAUGGCUGUUGUAAAAUUUGUGUGGAGAAGGAGAAGGCCUGCAAGUUAGUGUCCAUGACAACUGAAAUAAUACACAAAGGCUGUCAGUCUAACCAGAAGAUAUAUAUGCCAUAUUGUGAAGGAUCCUGCAACACUUUUACAAAGUAUUCUGAAGCAGCUGGUACUAUGCAGCAUUCUUGUUCAUGCUGUAAGGAGACCCGCUACAGCAAUCGCACUGUUGACUUGCAUUGUCUUGAUGGAGAAGUGGUUCCUUACACAUACAUUCAUGUGGAGGCGUGUGGCUGCAGCCACACAGACUGCACCAGAUCUGCAGGACAUCCAGCUCGCAAAAGGCGUAGCUUCAAAUUAGUGUAA